UUUUUUAAAGGAGUAAAUUUUUAUUUAGCCUUUAGGUGGUUACUAAUUGCCGGUAUACUCUAACCUUUAUGUUUAGUGAAUUAUAAAUGAUGACAUCCAUUCGCCUGUGAUAAUGCUAUAGUGUACGCCAGCACACUUGAUUUACAAUCAAGCGGCCCCACCUUGGAGUCAGUGAUUGAAAGAAACAGUACACGACACAGCUACAGGUAAGGGCUUUAAAAUAUCAGAAAUUACAAGAUGGGACAAGCAGCCAGUAGUGCAGUGGUUGCAGCAAAAGAGGACCAGAAUGACAGCAACCCUGAGGUAGCAUGGUGGUGCAAGCUAAUUGCACGUGGUUUAGCUACGCUCGGAGCAAUAAUUGCAAUCUUUACAGGAAUAUGGGCACUCGUAACAUUGACGCCACUGUGUUUAGUGGCUGGUAUAUGGCAAGUUCUUUUAGGCUGCAUGGUGCUCAUGUUUGAGUGCCCAUACUGCUGCCUGUUCUUCAGCCUUGUGAAGAAAGUGUCUGCAUUUGCAGAUAAGAGAACAUAUUGGCAAAAAGCACUUAUUUAUGUUUUGACAGCCCUGGUCCCUAUCUGUAUGUGCUUUGGAGCAUCGACCAUGUUUGGCAGUGGCUGUGUAUUUGCAGCUGGUGUAUUCUAUGGGUUAAUGGCACUUGGGAAAAAAGGAGACAGAGUAGAGAUGGCGGCAAAGGCUUCCAAUGCUUCCAAGGACAAGGAUAAUGUGGACGUUGAGAUGAACGCACAGCUGAUAGAGACAGUUGGUCGUGUUGCCGCUCAGCAAAUCUCUCAGCAUGCCUAUGCUCAGAGUGGCCCGUACCGGCAGUUCUAACUUUCUGAUCUGUCACUUCAAGAAACAGUAUCUGGCAAUUACAGGUGCUGUGAGUACAUGUAGUUUCCAGUGGGCCAUAUGUGCAAUAACUAUUGGUCUUGUAUGUGCUAGCAAAGUCUUGCUAAAUAUAGCAAUAUGUGCUGUUAUCUGCCCAUUAAAUCGGCCUGUGCAAGCCCUGUCAAUCGUUGAUUGGCUGGGUUCUGGGCAAAAGUGAGUGGUUGAGAGCACCUGCAUGCCAUAUCUUGUCCCUUAAAACUGCACAGGAGUGGGCUUGCCUUAGGAGAAAAAUAGGUCCCCAUGGCAACAUUCAAGAAAAUUUUUAAUUAAGCCUAUUUGUAUCAGGAAAUUAGGGGUCUAUUUGUAGCGCCCCUGAUAACCUAAUCCCAAGGUCAGCUAAGAGUGAUCUCUAUCCACAACUCUUGCUGAAAAUCGUUAUUACGUGUAUAGUGAGGGUAAAUAAUGCCAGUUGUGAUUAGAAAUACAGUAGGUAGAAGUAAGACUUUACAAUCAGUUGUACCAAAGCCAUCUAGUUCCAGCUGCAUGUGAUUGAUAUGGUAUGUGUUGAAGUAUGGAUAGAAUUUCUUGGCGACUAGAAGCGGGUAUUUAUACACUUAUUCCAUGUUGUGAUGCAGUUGGCUCUUAAUUCAUAUCUUUGGCCAUCCGGAUAUCCUUGCCCAACAUGCAAAUUCUGACGUUUUGUUAGAAUAGAUAGGAAAUGGGCUUUUACAUGAAAUUUGCAAUUUAUUAUUUGUUCUACAACCAAAUUACAGUUUAUACAAUGUGAAGUAGGUGUGAAACUCCAAACGUCAGAGCUAUCAGCCUCCAAAUUAUUUGGCAUGAAUAUAGGUUGUAAAGUCAAAAGUGAAUGUGAGUGAAUGAAAACUCAUUUACUUGUUCAAAUGUGUCAGUUGAGUCACAUUAUUUUAAAGUAUGUACAACUACUUUGCAAACGUCCAAUGCUGAAAACUAGUCUAUACCUUAUCAAUAUCUUGUGUAACAGUGAAGGCAAUAUUAGUUGAUCAUUAAAACUUAGCAUUGCAUUCCAGCAUUUAUUUCCAUUCAAUGUGUUUAUUUUAGAACUUGUGGUUGGUGAAUUGAGAAACAAAACAGCUAAGUGACCAAAGGUAUACACGUAGUUGAUGUUUCAUGUGAUUAUAUGGUCAAAAGUCAUUCUUAUAUAAAUUAAAUGUUUGUUACUAAGUUAUUGAAGAUAAUUAAGAUGUGUACUAUCAUUAUGUUAUCACAAUUCUGUAAUUGUGGGUAUUAUAAUCGAAGUAGGUGAGUGAGUACCAAAGAAAAACCUUAGUAUAAUGUGUGGAUAAUAGUCAUUUGGGAACUCGUAGAUAUUAGGAGUACAAGUAGCUGCAUAAGGUAUAGAAAUUGUCUUAUCGUGUCUAAGCUCUGUCGUGUCAUGUAGCAUAAAGCUUAUCUACAUGUUUGUGUAGCUAUAGCUAGCUGUGCUUUCAAUACUGCUGUGAGCAGCAGCGUAACAUUCCAACAGUAGCAUGGUAUAUGACAUGUAACAGUAGUAUUGGUUUUAUGCAUAACGAAAGAGAACCUCUUUGCAAACAACAUGAAAAACGAAGGUUGACGUAAAUAAUUGAGAACAGAUGUCUCUGGAUUAUUGUACGUGUGGCUCGUUUACAGAAAUUCAAGUGUGUUGUGCCGAAUCGGAGGAGCGACGUAAACUCGUGUCGAUUAGUUUCGCCGUCUUGGUUUUUCACGUGGCUACGAUGCUAGUCCUGUUAUUGUGUUGUUUUAUUAUUUGUAUAUAAUGUUGUGAUGGCAUUGUAGAUUUCUAUUGGUUGGUCUCCAGUAAAAAGACAAAGUAAUUGUGUAGCAUAAAGUAAA